AUGCCCGCCAGCUUUCGUUUGGCGCCGCCGGAAAAUGUGAGAAAAUUCAUGGAGCUCCCAAUCAAGUAUCUGGAUUCAGCUCAUGAUAAGGCUGUUGAGUUCAUUGAAGAUGUCCAGGCAAUAAUUUUUGCCCCCUUUACUGAUGAUGAGGUGCCAAAUGAGGAGGAUCAAUCUAGUAGCAACGUCAUCACUGAAUCUUUGGCAGCAUCAGUUGAGACGCCGCUAGUUGGACCAAAUACUGAAACCUCUACUCCUGCAUCUCUCAUAACGGUGGAAAACAGAUCUACUGGCCGUAUAGAUACUGAUGCUCAUGGAACUGAACCAUUUUCAAGUACAAGUACAGGUUUGUCCUUGAGGAAUCAUGUGUCCCCAGAAAAUACUUCUUCUGAAAGGAGGUCGCAUUGAAGCAAAUGAUCUGCGUCUGGCAGAGGACACCUCACCAAGUGGAA